AUGUGCUCUGAUACAGACGUCCACAGCGAGGUCUCCGCCACGUUGAUUAAGCAUCGCCAUGGUCAGACGGAGCUGUCACUCCCUGGCCUGGCCCCUGUGAAGUGGGCCAAACACGACGAGCCGGUGUUGGUUGUCGACGAGGACGGCCUGUGGCAGCUGGAGGUCAACACCCCGUGCCUGCAGUACAAGGCCACAAAGAAGGGGUGCCAGCUGCCCAUCACCCGAGGCAAAGCCACGGCCUGCCGCAAUUGCACGCACAGCAAGAAGCCGUGUUCAUUCGCAAAUGCCGUCCUGCAUACUCCAAUGACUAGUGCCACCCCGCGCGCUCUAACAACCAGUGCCGUCGUUCUGCGCUGUCAAGAGUCUCGGGCCGCCCGUCCCCGCCACAAUGAAGAUAACUUGUGGCCGGAGGUGAUGAAUGCGCAGUGGGUGUUGUGCCAGGGGGAGUGGUCCAAUGACCACACCUUCCUCCUGGAUGAGAUCAACCAGGUGCAGCACUCUAGACCACCGAAGAAUGACACUGCCUCCGAAGAGUCUCAGACCUGGGGCGACAAGGAAGACAAGGAGCAGGAACCAGAGAUGGGCAUCGAGAACGACUCCCCAAACUGGGAGGAAGACGAGGAGGAAGGCGAGGAUCACCCUCUCCCCCGUCCGACGACUUGGGCUCAGCUCCCCCAACCCCUCCUGCAUCUCCAACGCCAUCUGGGCGCGAAGUCUCCACCCUGCGGGGGCAUAUCGGGAGACACCGAGAGAGCGGGAGCCCGGAACCUUGGUCUAGCCCAAGGAGAUCCUCAUUGGGACAUCACCAGCAUAAGCGGAGAUGGGACCACUCGCGCCCCAGGUGUCACCGUUCUCACAAUGCUUCCCCAGCGAGGAAGAGAAGACGCCGUUAUUCGUCGUCAGAGUCUGCUGGCCAAGGACAGAGCAACGAAGAAGGGGCUGGGAGAACCCGUGGCCGCCCCAGGAGGCGGCACAACAGACACUCGUCGUCGUCAAGCGGUCGUUCCUCAAGUUCAAGGUCGUCCUCAGGGUAUCCGGGGUCUAGUAGGAGCUCGUCCACCGAGCAUUCUCCAUCAGGUGCCCACCGUUCGAGAGCGGAGUCACCAUAUCGUUGCAACUCGUGUGGCGACCGCACAAGGAAGCGUCACGCGAGGAGAGAAGGACACGUACACCGCAUUCCGGAGACGACCAAAGGCCCGCGCCACCCCCAACUGGAAGAAGUUUCAGGAAGGGUGGACGACCCACAUUCCGCUCAACUACCUCACGGAUAAAGCUGUCGCCGAAUACGGAUGUAAUACAUCUUCCCUGCUCACUGACAUGUACGCCGUUAAUCCGGCCAGGGGAUUGAUCCAAGCGGAAAAGAUCCUCCCGUCGGCCGGCGAGCUUAAACUAUCCUUUGGCGAAUGGUUCCAGGCCUGGAAGUGUCUGCUCCAGCACAUCAAGACAUAUUUCUGA